AUGCUUAUGUUUGGACGCAAUAAGGUUGAACACGAUUGUACACUGCGAGCCGUCAUUGAUCGUCUGAAAGAGUAUGACAUAACAAUUAACGAGAAGAAGUGUGAGAUUGGGCGCAAAGAAGUUAUGUUCAUGGGGCAUCGAUUGAGCAGUGAUGGAAUCAGUCCGGCUGAAGAGAAGGUGGAUGCCAUUCGGCGAUGUCGUAACCCUGAAACGGUAGAAGAAUUGAGAAGCUUCCUGGGGCUUAUUAAUUAUCUUGGGAAAUUCAUACCGAAUUUGUCGACGUUAACUGCACCACUUAGAGAACUGUUACACAAAGAUGUUCGAUUCAAAUGGGAACGAAAGCACAUGACUGCCUUCGAAGAGGUAAAGAAAGUACUAGUAGAUCCUAAAAACCUUGGAUACUACUCACCCUACGAUGAGACAAUAUGUCGUGGAAACCCGUCACGACGAGCAGAUGCCAGUCCGGUAGGGAUCGGAGCAGUGCUGUUGCAGGAGAAAGAUGGCAAAAAGAGGGCGAUUUGCUACGUGAGUAAAGGGUUAUCGACAGCCGAACGAGCGUACGCACAGAAUGAAAGAGAGGCGCUAGCGCUUGUUUGGGCAACAGAACGACUGGAACCAUAUUUGCGAGGCUUAGAAUUCAAGUUGGUUACCGAUCAUGAGCCACUUAAGGUAAUGUUUGGCUCUCAACGAAAGCAGUGCCCGAGAAUUGAGCGCUGGGCAUUGCGGCUCCAGUCAUUCAGGUACAAAAUAGUUCAUGUAUCGGGAAAAGCUAAUAUCGCUGAUCCGUUAUCACGACUGCCGAGAUUCGAAGAGUGCUCCACUUACGAUCAAAAUGGAGAAUCAAUGUUGCUUACUGUUUUGGAAUCAGCUACACCAUCUGCCUUGCGUAUUGAAGAGAUCGUUGAAGCUACAGUGCAAGAUAGUGAGUUAGCCGCAGUCAAAGAGGCGUUGAAUACUGGUCGAUGGAUGGACAAACUGAAACAUUUUUUGCCGUUUCGAGCAGAGUUGAGUACAGUGAACGAAAUUGUUAUGAGGAACGAUCGGAUAGUAGCACCGAUUAAUCUUCGUAAACGAAUAAUGAAAUUGGCUCACAUCGGUCAUCCAGGAAUCGAGAGAAUGAAGCAACGCAUCCGGAGCAAGGUUUGGUGGCCAAACAUUGACAGAGAAGUAGAGAAGACAGUGAAAUCGUGUCUGGAAUGCCAGUUGGUCAGCAAUUCAGUACGUUCUGAACCUUUGUGUGUUCGAGAACUUCCGCAUCAACCGUGGCAGAUUCUCGCGAUGGACCUAUUAGGACCACUUCCAUCAGGUGAUUCCAUUUUAGUAGUGAUUGACCUUUACAGUCGUUACCGUAUUACCGAAAUUUUAAGGUCAACUAAAACCGAGAACAUCAUUGAAAGACUGGAUAAAGUGUUUAUGACAAUGGGACUACUUGUCGAAUUAGUCUCGGACAACCCACGGAACUUUGCAAGCAGGAAAAUUAAUGAAUUUUGUGCCACCUUUGGAAUUGAAUAUCGUCAUACUACUCCGUACUGGCCACAAAGUAACGGAGAAGUUGAGCGUCAAAACCGUUCCAUAUUGAAAACGCUGAAAAUAGCUGAGUUGAACGGGACUGACUGGAGGAAGGACUUGCAAGAGGCCAACUACGUUUAUUCGAUAUUGCGUCAUCCGGCAACGGGUGGCUCACCAGCUGAACUGGUUUUCGGCAGAAAACUACGGGAUUGGAUUCCUGAUUUAGAGGCAAACAACACUGAAGACAGCGGUAUACGUGAUCAUGACAAAAUAUAUAAGCAAUCUGCGAAAUCAUACUACGAUGCUAAAAACAAUGCACAACAUUCGGAUCUACAAAUUCAGGAUCGAGUUUUGAUGAGGAACUUGGUACCGCAGAAUAAACUAUCAUCGGCAUUCAUUCCCGAGUCAGCAGUAGUGGUGAACAAGCAGGGAAAUAGAAUAACAGUACAGAUGGAUGAUGGGCGCAGAUACCGUAGAAACUCUGCGCAUCUGAGGAAACUAGUCGAAAACCGGGAGGAUGAUACCAUUAAUCGAGAGAUUCCAAACGAGCCUAUCUGCAGCGACUGGGAUACACCAAAUUCUACAUUGACAGCAAACGGUAGUAAAUUGGUCACUGAAAACUGCAAGGGAACUAACGACAUCCUCAUCGGAUAUAACAGUGUCUUCCAGCAAUUCAUUGAUAUCCGAGGAGGUAAAAUUAUCAAAACCUGUACCUCCUACUGCAUGCGCUAG